AUGAAUGACUCCACAGAAGGGAAGCAGGCACGCCUCUCUCCUGGUCUGAAGAGAAGAGAAGAAAUGAAACUGAAGGAGUAUGUCCCCAUCCUCCCCCAGAAGGAAAGCCCCUCCGCCCGGUUCUCCGGAGAUGGCUCGCUGCUGGCCUUGACCUUGCUGCUGGCCCUGGUGUCCUGCUGCCUCACGGUGGUGUCCUUCUGCAGAGUGGCUGCCCUGCAAGCGGAGCUGAAGAGCCUCCGGGAGGAACUGCUGGAGCAGCGAGCUGAGCAGCUGCCAGGCCCUCCCGGGGCGGGAGCAGCGCCCCCCAGGCCAGCUGUGCAGGAAGCUCCAGCUGCCACCUCGGCCCUGAAAGAGAUCUUGGCACCACCAGCUGCACAAGAAAGCAACUUCAGUCGGAGCAUCAGGAAGAGGCGUGCCGUUCAGGGUCCAGAGGAAACAGUCAUUCAAGACUGCUUGCAACUGAUUGCAGACAGUGACAUGCCUACUAUACGAAAAGGAGAUUACACGUUUGUUCCCUGGCUUCUCAGCUUCAAAAGAGGAAGAGCCCUAGAAGAAAGAGAAAAUAAAAUAUUAGUUAAAGAAACCGGUUACUUUUUUAUAUAUGGCCAGGUUUUAUACACCGAUAGCACGUUUGCCAUGGGACACUUAAUACAGAGGAAAAAAGUCCAUGUCUUUGGGGAUGAAUUGAGCCUGGUGACUUUGUUCAGAUGUAUUCAAAACAUGCCUGAAACACUACCCAAUAAUUCCUGUUAUUCAGCUGGCAUUGCAAAGCUGGAAGAAGGAGAUGAACUUCUACUUGCAAUACCACGCGGAGAUGCUAAAAUAUCACAGGAUGGAGAUGGCACUUUUUUUGGUGCAUUGAAACUUCUGUGA